CCCUUUUCUUUUUUAAAAAAAAAUGUCUUUAACUUCAGUCAUAGUUUCAGCCAAGGUAAAACAAACAGCCACUGUCUUUUUUUGUCAUGGACUUGGUGAUACAGGUGCUGGUUGGAGUUUCUUGGCUGAAGAACUAUCGAAUCUAUUCCCCUAUGUUAAAUGGGUGCUUCCUAAUGCUCCUAUUAGACCCAUUACUUUAAAUGGAGGCUAUCCUAUGCCAGGCUGGUUUGAUCUUUCUAGUUUAGAUAAGAGUGGAUUCAAGCAUGAAGAUGAAAAGGGUAUACUUGCUUCUGUCACGAGUGUCAAUCGUUUGAUUCGCGAUGAAGUCGAUCAUGGUAUUCCUGCCAAUCGCAUCAUCUUGGGUGGUUUCUCUCAAGGUGCUUGUCUCUCUUUGGUUCAUGCCUUAACCACAGAAUACAAACUAGGUGGUGUUGUUGCCUGUAGUGGAUGGCUUGGUUUAGCUGACAAGAUGCCUCAAAUGCUCUCAGACGCAAACAAAAAGACGCCUUUUUUAAUGUGUCAUGGUGACAAAGAUCCAGUGGUCAAAUAUGAAUAUGGUCAAACAUCUGCUGAAAAAUUGACUUCUUUAGGUUAUGAUGUGACCUUCAAGACUUAUCCUGGCCUUGUUCAUUCAGCCAACGAACAAGAAUUAGCAGACAUUGCAGCAUUUAUCAAAAAAAACCUUCCUCCUGUAGAAUGAACAUCACAUA